UUCUUGGGAGGCGGGGCCGCAGCUGGGCCACCGCGGGUGCACCAUGGCCGCUGCCCAACCCAAGCCCCUCCUGGGGGCGGCCGCGGCUCAGCGCCUGGCCCGGAGCUGCUGGUCCGCCUUCUGGGACUACGAGACGCCCAAGGUGAUAGUGGUGAGGAACCGGCGCCUGGGCGUCCUGUACCGCGCGGUGCAGCUGCUCAUCCUGCUCUACUUCGUGUGGUAUGUGUUCAUCGUGCAAAAGAGCUACCAGGACAACGAGACCGGCCCGGAGAGCUCCGUCAUCACCAAAGUCAAGGGGGUCACCACGUCGGAGGACAAAGUGUGGGAUGUGGAGGAGUUCGUGAAGCCCCCUGAGGGGGGUAGCGUGUUCAGCAUCAUUACCAGGAUUGAGGUCACCCCUUCCCAGGCCUUAGGAACCUGCCCAGAGAGCACGAGGGUCCCCAACGCCACCUGCCACUCAGAUGACGACUGCAUGGCUGGGAAACUGGACAUGUUAGGGAAUGGGCUACAGACUGGGCAUUGUGUGCCCUACUACCAGGGAGCCUCCAAGACCUGUGAGGUAUCUGGCUGGUGCCCAGUGGAAGAUGGCACCUCUGUCAGCCAAUUCCUGGGUAAGAUGGCCCCAAAUUUCACUAUCCUCAUCAAGAACAGCAUCCACUACCCGAAAUUCCGCUUCUCCAAGGGCAACAUCGCAGACCGGAAGGAUGAGUACCUGAAGCACUGCUCAUUCCAUGAGGUCUCAGACCCCUACUGCCCUAUCUUCAGGCUGGGCUUCAUUGUGGAGCAGGCUGGGGAGAACUUCACAGAGCUCGCAUAUAAGGGUGGCGUCAUAGGUGUCAUCAUUAACUGGGACUGUGACCUGGACCUGGAUGCAGCUGCAUGCAACCCCAAGUACUCCUUCCGGAGGCUCGACCCCAAGCAUGUACCUGCCUCAUCAGGCUAUAACUUCAGGUUUGCCAAGUAUUACAAGAUAAAUGGCACCACCACCCGCACCCUCAUCAAAGCCUAUGGGAUCCGCAUUGAUGUAAUUGUGCAUGGACAGGCCGGGAAGUUCAGCCUGAUUCCCACUAUCAUCAAUCUGGCCACGGCUCUGACCUCCAUAGGGGUGGGAUCCUUCUUGUGUGACUGGAUCUUGCUAACAUUCAUGAACAAAAACAAGGUCUACAGCCAUAAGAAAUUCGACAAGGUGUGUACGCCGAGGCGCCCCUCAGGUAGCUGGCCCAUGACCCUUGCCCUUGUUUUGGGCCAGGGUCCUCCCCCACCUGGUCACUGCACUGUGGACCAGCCACCCAGUUCCCCUCACCCAGGAGGGCCACAGUUGGGACAAGGGGCAGAGCUAGGCCCAGCUGUCCUGGGCCCCCUGCCUUGCCUUGUCUCUGCCCCACCUGAGCAGAUGGCAGACACUCUUGGACAGAGUACAAGACAAAGCCUUCCUGCCUUUGAGCCUCUCCAACAGGACUCUACACCCACAGACCCCAAAGGUUUAGCCCAACUUUGA